AUGAGAAGGCCAAGCCAGACAAGCGAGGCGUCCAUUCGGAGCUGGGCGGUUCCAGGCGAGUGGCAUGAAGGUGAUGCAAGAGAUGCCAGAGACGAGUGGCGGCAUGAAGGUGAUGCAAGAGAGGCUUCAAGCAGCAGCAGCUUCAUGACGAUCCCUGACCUUCACAUGGCACCAAGUCUUGGAGGGACCAGCACAUCCGACCACACCGUCAUGCCCGACAUGGAUGAUCUGGUGCCAAGUCUGGUAGAGCUAGUUGCCCGGAUGGAUGUGAUAAACCCGGAGGUCUUGAGGGUGACGCCGGUGUCUCGUGCUUUGGAGCGUUUUGCUGUAGCAUUGCGUUUUGAAUCUGACGAAGACUACUACCACAAGAGCCACAAAAGUACGAAGAUAUCGACAUUUUGGAGUCACUCUUGGCACGGAGGGCCGUGGAAGAAAGUGCUCACACUUGUCACCAUCUACAACGGCACUGCGGCAGUUUCCUUGGCUUUUCUCACAGGCGUGUUGAUGAUGGUGCUUUUCAGCUUUCGAACUCUGCCUGGAACUGACCGUGGAUGGAUUUUCGGCUCCUGGGAGUGGUCUUGUUGGUCAACUUCUUCAGGGUUCGUCGUUGCCAGUUUGGUCCUCACUUGUUGGCGAUCGCAAAAGGGAGUCUUCCUAGACCGCAUUUGUAUCUGCCAGAACGACGAGGACCUGAAGACGGAGGCCAUCCUAAGCUUGGCUGGGCUCUUGAAAAACUCCGACAGAAUGCUGAUUCUCUGGGACCCGACAUGGACUGAGAGGUUGUGGUGCUUGUUUGAGCUUGCGGCCUUCCUGAAAAGCAAGACGACGCAAAAGCAGCACCUUGUUGUGAGACCCAUCUUCUUCGGGCCUCUUUCCAUCGCAAUUUACCUUACUCUUUUUGCCCUGGCAUUGCCGAUCUCGACAGUACCUAUCCACACCACGACAACGAUGGUGGAGCUGCUGGGCGCCAUGGUGUUGUCGUGUUUGGCAGUUGCCUUCCCGACUGUCAGCACUCUUCGAAGCUAUUUCCGAGACCUGGACACCAUGAAGCUGCAGUUGUUGUCGAUCUCUGUUGACUCUGCAAGGAGUUCAUGCUGCGAUGUCAACCACGUAACCCCUUCAGGCGGACGUAUUCCGUGUGACCGAAAGGUCGUGAAAGAGUGCGUGAAGAUUUGGUUUGGCAGCGAGCUAUCUUUUGAGAACACGGUGCGCACCGAGGUUUUGGACCUUUUGAACUGUGACCUCACCGAGAAGGUGUUCAGUAUUCCAUGGGCUUUUGGAGUAACUUCUCCUCUAUUUCUGGGUUUCAUGGACGUCUCUGCUAGCAUGGCUACAGCUCCAGACCAUCACCAGCGAGACCAGCCUGCUCUUGCUCUUCUGCUCGAAGGUCUGGUAACUUGGUUGUGCUUCGUCCCAGUUACCAAGGAUCUCCUGAUACUGCUGGUCAGGGUUGGUCGGAAGAGACCGAGAAGCACUUGUCUUGAGAUUCUCAAGAACACUGUGGUGUUGGGAGCUGUGGCUAGCCCUGUCUUUGUAAUGCUCGCAACUUAUGGCCUCACUCGGUUUGCCGCUGUUGAUGCACUGCAGCGCGCAGGAAUUUUUGCGUGCUGCACGCUGCUUCUUGUAGUGUGCAACUUCCUCUUCGCCCUUGGCCUGAGGGCAUUGUUACGGCGGCCUGGGUGGUAA